AUGUGCUUCGACCGCUACGUGUCCAUCUGCAAACCCCUGCACUACAGGACCCUCCUGGGCAGCAGAGCUUGUGCCCACAUGGCAGCAGCUGCCUGGGCCAGUGCCUUUCUCAAUGCUCUCAUGCACACAGCCAAUACAUUUUCUCUGCCCCUGUGCCAUGGAAAUGCCCUGUGCCAGUUCUUCUGUGAGGUGCCCCAAAUCCUCAAGCUCUCCUGCUCCAAAUCCUACCUCAGGGAACUUGCACUUCUUGUGUUUUCCAUCUGUUUGGGAUUUGGCGGUUUUGUGUUCAUUGUUUUCUCCUAUGUGCAGAUCUUCCGGGCUGUGCUGAGGAUCCCCUCUGAGCAGGGACGGCACAAAGCCUUUUCCACCUGCCUCCCACACCUGGCUGUGAUCACCCUGUUCAUGACCACUCUUAUGUUUGCCCACCUGAAGCCUCCCUCCAUGUCCUCCCCAUCCCGGGAUCUGGCCCUGUCAGUUCUGUAUUCGGUGGUGCCUCCAGUCCUAAACCCCCUCAUCUACAGCCUGAGGAACCAGGAGAUCAAGGCUGCAGUGUGGAGACUGAUGACUGGAGGCUUUAAGGAGUAUUAAACUGCUGGCUAAUUUCGGCAAAUCACUUAUAAUAAAAUUCAUCUUUGAUGCA